AUGGCCAAUCAUGGUGGGGGAGAUGGCUACCCUUGGGACGACUCAGGCCCCCUUCGACCAGACUUGAGCCAUAAUGUAUCCUCGAUAUCUGCAGUCAGCUCUAUGUCGAGUGGGGAUGAACCUAGGGUCUCUGUGGUGUCUCUUCCCUCGCCAAUGUUAGAUGGUCCAGGAUCAUUCUCGAGCGAACAAAGUGAUGUCAGCCAUGUGCAGCUCUCAUCAAUUGAGGGCUCUGGGGUGAGAUCUCCAAGCAACCUUCAUCGGUCAUCAGCAUCACUUCCAGAUGCUCUUCGGGUUGGAUCACCUUCAACUCCUUUGGGAAGCUUCUUCAACCCCUUCUGUAGUGCAAAGGGGUCAUACGAAGCCGUAUCUGCUGCAGACCGGUCUAAGAGAGGAUCUACAUCUAGCAGGCCAGGAUCUAGACGAUUCUCGACUCAGAGAAAGGGCUCUUUGCUAGGUGGGAAUCAUAAAUCUAUACCGGAGGGAGAAGAGAUCGAUAUGGGACUAUUGCAAAGUGCAAUGCCAAUGUCAAUUACCUCGUACAAAAGCGGUUAUGCUAGUGUGGGGGAAGAAGAGUUAGAUAUCGUCGGCGAUAGAGGCUCUGUCGACCUCUCAUCCUUCACUGGCCCUAUGAACCCUUUGAGUGGGACCAAGUGGAAGGAAAUCAACCGCCAAGAGCAGUCGGGCAUCUUAACGGGAGGCUUAGGAGCAGGAUGGACUCCCGAUGACACCGACACCAUUACGAGCACCGAUCUAUAUGCAAAUGCCCCUCAAACUCCUCGUACGCCUUCGCUAUCUCGUAGAAUGUCAUUCCGUUCCCCUGGAUUGUCAAGGCAGCCAACCCUGCGAGAUUUGGCGCAAAUUGAAGCCAAUAAAAGAGGCAAGGUUAUACAAGUCAUCGUGGAGGACGAGCAGAAAGAAACCGAAGAAGAGGAAGAAGCAAUGGGCGCUAUCGUGGAUCUCAGCUCCAUGACAGGCUCGGCCAAUACCAGGUCUAUCCACGAGCCGCUCAACAUGCCAAAGCAACCUCGGAAGGAUACACUGCCAGUUCCUAACUCCGAGGUGUUCUUUCCACAGGCAAAUUGGAAGCCAUUCUCUAUGCGCUGGCCAUACCUAACAGCUCUUAUUGUAAUAUCCGUCACGCUCGCUGCUUCUCAAGAGUAUCUAUAUCAGAAGUCCUCCAAGAAACCCCUCUACGAGUUUAAUUCUGCUUCAGAACUGAACACCUGGGACUACUUUUGUUUCAAAUAUCUACCAACCAUGGUAGUUGUCAUAUUUGGCAUUUUGUGGCAGGUCACCGAUUUUGAGGUCAAGCGGUUGGAGGCAUAUUACCAACUUUCCAAGCCAGGAGGAGCGCUAGCAGCUGAGUCCAUCAACUCAGGGCAAUGA